AUGACUGGGUCGUGCGGGUCUGAACUGGAGUACGAAGAAGAGGAGCAACGGCAGGUUCAAAAUUUAUCAGCUCUCUGUGGUGAUGAAGUAGAAGAUGCGAUUGUCAGACAGGACUCUAAGAAGGAUCACUCUGAUGAAGCUGAAGCUGAACACUUCCUUGGUCAGCAGCAUUACGAGCGCGACGUCGAUGGCAAACCACCUGGAAAUUUGCCAGGGCAAGAGCCACGAGGUCAAGAACUCACGGAAACUAACACUAAGAGCAGGAAGAAGUUUCUCAUCUACUUCUAUGGAGCCUACGACGAGCCUCUAAGUCUGGAAUUCCGACAUGAGCAC